GUCUCACUCGGGUGAUGUGUUAGGUCACAAUGCUACACAUGUCCUAUCUUAUUUACACCAAUGCACCGCGUUAGGAACUUACAAUAAUGUUUCCGUGUUAAGAACUUAUAAUAGUGUCGCCAUGAACUCUAUAGAGAUUUUUUCGGGUCCCUUAAAUUUUCCUGCUAGUAAAAAAGUUGUCCAGCAUGAUGAAUUGCCUCCCGUGACAAACGAAUUGUCAGUGACUCUGCGAUUGAAUAUCCAGAGUCAUGAUACAAAUUGGACAACUAUUUUUCAUAAAGGCGCAGUUGAUUUGGAACGUACUCCCGCUCUUUUUCUAACACCGAACGCCUCACAACCAGAUGUUAGGUUCUCGACGAAUAAUGACAAGAAUUUGGGAAUUGAUGCAAUCGGCACUGGGUUUGUUCUAAAUAAAUGGUACCAUAUAAGCUACACACUUUCGGAACCUCAUAAACGCUUGGAUUUCUACAUAAACGGCAAAUGGGUUGGAUUCAAGAGCAUUGUACAAGUCCAGGUGCAACAAAUUGUGUUCAACAAAGGCCCGUUGAAAAUCGGGCAAUCAUACUACGCAGAUUUUAAGGGACAAAUGAGGUAUGAUUUAUCAUCGUCAAUUAAGUUGUUGCAAUAA